AUGGAGGCAACAACGUUGGGAGGUGGAGAAGAGGAAGGAGUGUGGUGGGCCGAAGAGGGAACACCGCUGCCCGAGGAGGUGAGCCUAGCUCUGCUGUCCUUUCUCGACGUGCCCGCCCUGGCCCGCUUCUCCCUCGUCUCCCGCGCCUGCCACCGCCUCGCCCUCGACCCUGCCCUCUGGAAGGGCCUGUGCGAGCGGGAGAUGGCGGCAUGGCCGUGCCACCGGGCCUUCAUCGGGCUGGCGGCGGAGGCCCUGCUCGCGGCCCAUCGACGCGCAGCGGCCCUGGGCGAGUGGGUCGACCCGGGUGCCGGGCUGUGGCCGCAGCCCUUCUCGUGGCGGGCCUUCUUCCGUUGCGAGGCGCUCCACCCCUGGCCCGAGGGCAGGUUCUAUCUGCGGCAACAGCUCGGUGGCGGCUCGUACGGCUCACGGUUCAAGGCGCUGGAGAGGGAGACUGAGCGCGUGGUGGUCAUCAAGUGGAUCAACAUCGAGGAGGAGCAGAACAGCCUCGAGGAAGGGAGGCAGGUGGUGCUCGUGGAGGACGAGGCCAAGAGGAAAAAGAUCUUCGAGGAGAAGGAGGCCCUGGCUGCCCGGCUCAUGCCCGUCACCUGGCAGACGAACGGUCAGGCAGACGAGGGGCGAAUUGCAGACGUCGUGCGGGAUGUGCUGACUGGAUUGGUGGACCUGCAGACGGCGUGCGGGGAAAAUGUUGUGGCGGGCAUCAAUCUCGAUUGGAACAAGCUCCUGGUGGCAGACGACGGCCACACCAUGAUCAACAUCGACCAGAUCUUCUACCCAUGCGCCAAUGCUCGCCCGUACUACAUCUCGCCCGAACUGAUGCCCGGCACGACAAUUGAUGUGGAGGGCGAGUGCAGCAGUGUCAAUCGGACCCACAUCUGGGCCGUGGGCCUCAUUGCCAUCCAACUGGCCACCGGCGCCCUGCCCAUGGAGCACAUGCACCCGAUUCGCUAUCUGUCCCGCUACGACCAGUUGGCGCCGCGCGGGCUCGAUGGCCCGCACUCGCCCGAGCUGAAGGACCUGGUGCGCCUGUGCCUCGAGCGCCAGCCCCAACGCCGACCAUCGGCCCACGAGCUCCUCCGCCACCAGUUCCUCGCCGACGUAAGGCGUGGCCGCGCCUCUCCUACUCGGCCGACCAACUAA